AUGGGGAUCCAGCAGGAGACUCUGAUGGAGUCGAUUAAAUCAAAGGUGAAGGGUGCACUACUGCGGAAGUCGGAGAAGAAGAAGUCGUACGUUAAGAUGGACAAGAGCGCCAGCGUCAGGGUCGAGAUUCGCAGCCAGAAGCUCAUCGACAAGAUCCUCAAGGUCCCUGAUCCACCCAGCAAGCACACUCCUCUCUUGAUACGAUUGUGGGACUACUCCAAAGGAAAACAGUGA